UUUUCAGUGGUGGUUGUCGCUUUUGUUCUCGCGAUAUUUUCGGGUGAACUGGAGCCCGGCGACCCGGGCUUCUGUGAAACAUGGCGGCCGGCUGGUACCGUAACACAAGCAUGACUAUAUGAAAGAAGAAGAAGGUUUUCCUGAAGAUGAGGCGACUGAAUCGGAAAAAAACCUUAAGUUUGGUGAAAGAGUUGGAUGCCUUUCCAAAGGUUCCUGACAGCUAUGUAGAGACUUCAGCCAGUGGAGGUACAGUUUCUCUAAUAGCAUUUACCACCAUGGCUUUAUUAACCAUAAUGGAAUUUUCAGUAUAUCAAGAUACGUGGAUGAAGUAUGAAUAUGAAGUAGAUAAAGAUUUUUCUAGCAAAUUGAGAAUCAAUAUAGAUAUUACUGUUGCUAUGAAGUGUCAAUAUGUUGGAGCAGAUGUAUUGGAUUUAGCAGAAACAAUGGUUGCAUCUGCAGAUGGUCUAGUUUAUGAACCAGUAAUAUUUGAUCUUUCACCACAGCAAAAAGAGUGGCAGAGGCUGCUGCAGCUGGUUCAGAGUAGACUUCAAGAGGAACAUUCACUCCAAGAUGUGAUUUUUAAAAGUGCUUUUAAAAGUGCAUCAACAGCACUUCCACCAAGGGAAGAUGAUUCAUCACAGCCGCCAGAUGCUUGCAGAAUUCAUGGUCAUCUCUAUGUCAAUAAAGUAGCGGGGAAUUUUCACAUAACUGUGGGCAAGGCAAUUCCACAUCCCCGAGGUCAUGCACACUUGGCAGCGCUUGUCAACCAUGACUCUUACAACUUUUCUCACAGAAUAGAUCAUUUGUCUUUUGGAGAGCUUGUUCCAGGAAUUAUUAAUCCUUUGGAUGGAACUGAAAAAAUUGCUGUAGACCACAACCAGAUGUUCCAAUAUUUUAUUACAGUUGUGCCAACAAAACUACAUACAUAUAAAAUUUCAGCAGACACCCAUCAGUUUUCUGUGACAGAAAGGGAACGCGUCAUUAACCAUGCUGCAGGCAGCCAUGGAGUCUCUGGGAUAUUUAUGAAAUAUGAUCUCAGUUCUCUUAUGGUAACCGUCACUGAGGAACAUAUGCCUUUCUGGCAGUUUUUUGUAAGACUCUGUGGUAUUGUUGGAGGAAUCUUUUCAACAACAGGCAUGUUACAUGGAAUUGGGAAGUUUAUAGUUGAAAUAAUUUACUGUCGUUUCCGACUUGGAUCCUACAAACCUGUCAGUUCUGUCCCCUUUGAGGAUGGCCACACAGACAACCACUUACCUCUUUUAGAAAAUAAUGCACAUUAGCACCUCCUGAGUGAAGGAGAAAAACUUUUUGCCUGAGACCUAAAACCUUUUUUAAUAAUAAAAUAUUGUGCAAUAUAUUCAAAGAGAAGAAAAUAUGAAUGAGAAGUGGGAAUCACACCUAGGAAAAAGAAAGAAAGAAAAACCCAAACUGAAAUCCUAUAUAUGUUGUGUCUGUUAUAAAUGUCCUAAAAGAAAUUAUGCAGUUAAUCAGUGAAUAAGCCUAACUGGAGUAUUGCUUUGAAGAUGACCCCUUCUGAUAUUUUCAUAGCAAAUGGGCAGUAUCGAAAUCAGACCUUGCUUCUUGGUGGCAAACAGCCUGAAGGAAAGAAGUCAAACCACAUCUAAAGAAAAAGGCAUUAAUAAGUGCAAAUGUUUGCGUCCUUUUGUUUUUAAAAGAUAUGUCAGAAUAAAAUAUGUAAAACAUAUGGAAAACUAGUCUAGAGUUUAAAAAGUUGUGAUAAGGUCACACUGUUAAUAAAGGAAAACAGGGAUGGGUCCCUAUGUUAUAGCCAUAUCCAUGUUAAGCCAUAAUGACAAGACCAUUUAUCCAAUAAUUUGGUCUGAGGAAGGUAACUGCUUUUCUUUAAACUCUGGCUAUUGGCUUUUUCUAACUGUUCGAGGCAGGGUCGUGGAAGAUUAACAUGAAUUAUUACAGGGGCAGGUACCCAGGUGCUAUAAUAAGUAACAGAGGUAUCAUUCACAAAUUGUAGAGGGGGCACUUCUACAGGGAGAAGAAAGCACAUUUUUAAAAAAAGACGCUAAAUUUUCUAAUCUGAUCCUUCUAUAUACUUAGGAAGCAGGAGGUGAGUAAUAACAAGGUCCACUACUGAUGAUGAAAAUUAUCAGCUUAUAAAGUAUUAAAAGGAAAAGUAGUCUAUUUUAUACAUGUUUGGGUGAGGGGCAACAGGGUAACUUUAAAGUAGAAACAUGAAGCAAAUAUUUAAAUAAGGCAAGAUCAUGUCAGAUCUGAGAGGUUAUCAUUAAACAGUGUCCGUUAAGCUAUAAAACUGGAUUAUGAGUGUUUGCAUUCAGAGUGUCCUGAAUGGGAUUGAUUUUGUUAAUUAGUUUUGUGUUGUUCUAGCUUUCUUAGUAUUUAAGGAUUGAUUUUCAAUUUCCAAACUAUAAAAGAUUAAAAAUAAUGAGAGAGAUAUAUCACUCAGGUGCCAUUAAAAACUGUAUUUGGAAAAUGUGUGCCAACAUCAGUUUUCCUUUUGUAAUACUGAAUGAUAGAGGAAUCAGCUAGCAAUGCCCAUGGUUUAAAUCAUUUAGAGAAAUGGGAAAAUAAAAUUCCAGGUAAGUAACAGGAGCAAGUCUAAAAGACUAGAUUUAAAAUGGUGGUUUUUAGAAAACGGGAUGUCACAAAUUACAGUUUGGAAAAAUCAAAUCGGUUUUUUUUAAAGGUUAAAAAAUGUCUUCUUGAAAAUAGUUGGGACAGAUAAUGUCAAUGGAGAAGAGAAAUACUGAUAAAACUGCUUUGAAGUAAAGCUUAUGUUGAAUGGUAUUCUGCAGCAAAGAACAGAAGCAUUAUUGUUUAAAAUAUAGUUUGUCAUUAAGAGCCAUUAAGUUAACUGAUUAACAUAGGUGACAUAACAUGCUCUGAAAGAUUUUUUAUUCCAGAAAAUUCCAAAUAAUGAAUGAGCCUUCUGUUACUGAUUUUUUUUUUCAGAUACUAUUUCCAGUAGAGUAGGAACUAAUAGAACAUUUCUCAAAAGGAAUUUGACUUAGAAUUUUAGCUAUUUGAGACUGAAUUUUGGUUCUGUGAAUCUGCUUUCCAGACAGUUCAUUCAAGUUUCAAAGUUGUUUUCUUUAAAGGUAAAAUAAUACUGAUUUAAAACUAUUUUCUUUCAGUUAGGAUAUUAACAGUUAAGUGUCUUUAAAAAGGAUUUUAAAAUUAUUUUGGUACUUACAUAUGAUUUUUAAUUGUUCCCAUGUUUUCUAAAUAUGAUAUGAAAAAUUUAAUGUAAUUAAUCUGUCCUAUUUAAGCUGACUUAUAAAAGGAAUUUCUUUAAAGCAAAAUCCUGCUUUGCCAUUGAUUUACACUUUACUAGAUAAGAAAGGUUUCUAUAUGAGACUCCUCAGAUAGUCAAAAUCAGGUUUCUGGCAAUCAAAGUAGUAAGAUUCUGACAAGCCUUUGGGAUGAGGAAUGAUGAAGUCUGCCUGUGUAUUAGGAUUUGCUAGGAGUUUCUGACCUCACCAUGUGUCUCUUUUCCAUUUCAGAGAACACUGUACUGACCUCCUUAUUCUGGAGCUUUGGCUUGUGCCUGGGGAGGGCAUCUUCAAUAGGGUACCCAACUUUAUUAUUCAGCCCUCCUUUUUCAUUUUAUUAGGGUAUUCAUAAUAUUUAUAUAUUCCAGGCUAAAUAUUUUAAAAGUUGAGUCUUCAGCUUAUAUGAAAUCAGUUUUUUAAAAACUGUUUUGUAUACAUUGGCCCGUAAAAGGAGAUGAAAUACCUAGGUGGAUAAUUCUCUGCUGCAGUAUUUAUACAAUACAGACUACUACCUCUUAGGAAAAGCUUAACUCAAUCUUAGAAUUACAAAAUUACUUCCAGUUCUCAAUUUAGAUGAUUAAUAUCACAUUUCUCUCACAUUUUAUGAUAGCACUGCAUUUCAUAGUAAAUUUAUUAAUGCAAGCAAAGUUUGCAAUCUUUAAUACAAACUCGACUGGAGUUCUUAAAGUAAUGACUAAGAUCUAAUUUUUUAAUGGUAGAAGUAGGAUAUAUUAUGCACUCUGUCUUUUUAUGUCCUGGGUUAGUAAUGUGAGUACCAGAAAGUAAAUUUAUAUGCAACCUGUUUAAAAAUUUAGAACUUUGAAUCUUGAACUUGAGUUCAAGAUGUCUGUUUUUGAUUGUUUAAAAAUUACUUAAGCCUGAGCCAGAGGACUUUUAAAAUUUCAUCAGUCCCUCCCCUUCUGCUUGGAGCUCCAUUGCAAACUUUCUGCAAGCCAAAGUAGAUAGUCAGCACCUAAGUAUGCCCUUAUUGUAGUUUUCCCCUCAUUUGAAAUAAUUUUUAGUGAUGAAAUCACCUUGCAUUAUCUUAAGAUUAGGAAACUACCUUAGAUUUUUUUGGUUUUCUUAUGAGGUUUUUUUUUUUUGGUUUUGUGUUAAGAAAAAA